AUGUGCCGACGAAUCUACCCUCUGCGUCUGGUGCCCCCUCGGUGUCUGGUAUCCCGUCCGGUCCUGAAUUCCGGCUCAGCCCCGUUCAUCACCAACAUCGUAACGACUCCUCCAGGUGGCACUUCAGGUCUCACAGGGGUGCUCGUCAAUCUACCUGCGACCGAUCUGCUUUCUGCGCCUGGUGCCCCCUCGUUACCUGGUAUCCCGUCCAGUCCUAGUUUGCCUUCUGGUUCUGGUUUGCCUUCCGGCGUCUUCAGCGGUGCUUUCACACUCACCCAGAAUUCCGGCUCAGCCCCGUUCAUUACUAACAUUGUGACGACUCCUCCAGGCGGAACUUCAGGUCUUACAGGAGUGCUCGUAAAUCUACCCGCAACUGAUCUGCUUUCUGCGCCUGGCGUUCUCUCCGGCCCCGGUCUCCCGCCUGGUUCUCAACUGCCGUCCGGCGUUGUUAGUGGUGCUUUUACACUCACCCAGAACUCCGGCUCAGUUCCAUUUAUGACCAAUAUUGUGACGACUCCUCCAGGCGGCUCCUCAGGUCUCACGGGGGUGCUCGUGAACGUACCCGCGACAGAUCUACUUUCUGCGCCUGGCGCUCCCUCCGGCCCCGGUCUCCCGCCCGGUUCUCAACUACCGUCUGGAGUUGUUAGUGGUGCUUUUACACUCACCCAGAACUCCGGCUCACUUCCAUUUAUCACCAACAUUGUGACGACUCCUCUAGGCAGUGUUUCGGGUCUUACGGGGGUGCUCGUCAAUUUACCUGCGACAGAUCUGCUUUCGGCGCCUGGAGUCCCCUCAGGCCCCGGUGUUCCGGCCGGCUCUGGCCUCCCUCCUGCCUCGGGUGUUCCAGUCGGCUCUGGUCUCCCUACAGGCCCCGGUGCUCCGGCCGGCUCUGGCCUCCCUACAGGUCCAGGUUUGCCGGCUGGCUCUGGCCUUCCUUCUGGUCCGGGUGUUCCGUCCGACUCUGGCCUCGCUUCAGGUCCCGGUGUGCCGGCUGUCUCUGGCCUUCCUUCGGGUUCAGGUGUUCCGGCUGGCUCUGGCCUUCCUUCAGGUUCCGGUGUUCCAGCCGGCUCUGGCUUCCCUUCAGGUCCGGGUGCUCCGGCCGGCUCUGGCCUUCCUUCGGGUUCAGGUGUUCCGGCUGGCUCUGGCCUUCCUUCAGGUCCGGGGGUUCCGGCCGGCUCUGGCCUACCUACAGGCCCCGGUGGUCUUCCCCUGGGCCCCGGUUUCCCGUCUGAUUCCAACCUGCCAUCUGGCGUUAUCAGCGGUGCGUUCACCCUCACUCAAAAUGCCGGUUCGCUGCCUUUCGUCACGAAUAUCGUCACGACUCCUCCUGGUGGGACCCAGGGCCUUACCGGAGUCCUCGUUAAUGUGCCCGCAACCAAUCUACUCUCUGCACCUGGCGUCCCAUCAGGGCCCGGUAUCCCGUCUGGUGUCCCGUCCGGCUCUGGCAUCCCUACAGGCCCCGGUGGCCUCCCUCUGGGCCCCGGUUUCCCGUCUGAUUCCAACCUGCCAUCUGGCGUUAUCAGCGGUGCGUUCACCCUCACUCAAAGCGCUGGUUCGCUACCAUUCGUUACGAAUAUCGUUACGACGCCUCCUGGUGGUACCCAGGGCUUUACAGGAGUCCUCGUCAAUGUGCCUGUGACCAAUUUACUCUCUGCAGCUGGCGCCCCAUCAGGGUCCGGCAUCCCGUCCGGCAUCCCGUCCGGCAUCCCGUCUGGUUUCCCGUCCGGUUCUGGCCUUCCUCUGGGCCCCGGCGGCUUCCCUCUAGGCCCCGGUUUCCCGUCUGAUUCUAAUUUGCCGUCGGGUGUCGUUAGUGGUGCCUUCACACUCACCCAAUCCUCGGGUUCGCUUCCGUUCAUCACCAAUAUCAUCACGACACCUGCAGGUGGUACUCAAGGUUUCACGGGAGUGCUCGUUAAUGUACCUGCCACUAAUCUACUAUUGCCUGGUGCUCCUUCUGGUCCGGGGGCUCUUCCCUCCGGAGCCAGCGGUCUUCCAUCCGGACCGGAUGGUCUUCCAACUGGUUCGGCAGCUUUCCCGUCUGGCUCAGGUCUUCUUUCUGGUCCGUCGGGUCCAGGUGGUCUUCCUUCUGGUCCAGGUGGUCUGCCUUCGGGUCCAGGUGCAUUCCCAUCUGGCUCAGAAGGUCUUCCAUCCGGCUCAGGCGGUCUUCCGUCUGGUCCUGGGGCUUUCCCUUCUGUUUCAGGUGCUCUCCCGUCUGGCCUUCCAUCGGGCCCAGGUGGUCUUCCAUCGGGCCCAGGUGGUACUGCAACUGGUCCAGGUGACAUUCCGAAUGGGUCUUCCGGGCUUCCAUCCGGUCUUCCAUCUGGUCCAGGCGCCCUCCCAGCUGGCACAGAGGCUCUUCCGCCUGGUGGCGUUCCGUCUGGUCCCGGUGGUCUUCCAUCAGGCCCGCAACCAGCUGGUUCAUCCGCCUCCUUUCCCAGCGGUGCCCUCUUAUUCACACAAACCUCCGGUUCAAUCCCGUUCACCAGCACCUUCAUAACUACUCCUCCAGGUGCCACACAAGGCAUAACGCAAAUCCUCGUGAACGUCCCCGAUACCAACCUACAAUUGCCUGGUGCGCCUUCUGGCCCCGGUGGCCUUCCAUCUGGCUCUAGCAUCCCGGGUGCUUCCGGCUCCGGCGCUCUUCCAUCUGGCAGCGGUGCCUUGCCUGGCCCAUCUGGCCCCGGUCAACUUCCACCCGGCAAUGGCGUUCCCGGUGCUUCUUCCGGCUCGCCUUCUUUUUCAGGGCCUAGUGGUUUCCCAGCUACCGGACUUGCAUCCGCCGUCGCUCCAUCAAGCUCGAUUUCUUUUUUAGGGCUUAGUGGCCAGUCCGGGCCAUUGUCAAAUACGGGCGUUACUGGUUUGCCAACUGUCACUACAACUUACCUGGGGUCUGUUCCAAUUACUACCACCGCACUCACAAGCUUUAUGGGGACAAAUGGUUUGCCCACACCUGGUACCGCUAUUGUUAUCUUCAAUCCAGCAACCGCGGCUUCAGGCUUGGUUUUACCUACAAUCACUACGACCUAUCCCGGCUCUUCCGCGUACACCACUACUGCUUUCACGAGCUUUGUGGGAACUAACGGGCUACCCACAUCGGGCUCCGCCGUCGUUGUCUUCAAUCCUCCAACCGCAGCUUCAGGCUUAGCUUUGCCGACGAUUACUACCACCUAUCCCGGCUCGUCCGCGUAUACCACCACUGCUUUCACGAACUUUGUGGGAACUAACGGGCUGCCCACAUCAGGCUCCGCGGUCGUUAUCUUUAACCCUGCAACCGCUGCUCUUGGAAGCGGUGCACCCUUGCCGACGAUCACUACCAACUACCCAGGCUCGGUUGCACUUACUACCACGGCAAUUACGAAUUUCGUGGGUCCCAAUGGUCUUGCUACAUCUGGUUCUGCGGUCAUUGUCUUUAGUCCCGCGCUCGCGAUUUCCGGAGGCCUAUCCUUGCCUACGAUCACCACUAGUUAUUCUGGCUCAAUCACGCUUACCUCUACGGCAAUCACGACCUUCACGGGUGCGAAUGGGUUACCCACGUCUGGUUCCGCGGUGAUUAUUUACGAUCCCGCUACAGCGACGUCGGGCGGCAUACCCUUGCCUACAAUCACUACCACCUACCCGGGCUCAAGUGCAUUUACCACGACGGCACUUACAAACUUCGUGGGUGCGAACGGAUUGCCCACAUCUGGUUCCGCGGUUAUUGUUUACGAUCCCGCCACGGCAACGUCGGGCGGCGUAUCGCUGCCUACAAUUACUACCACCUACCCUGGCUCAAGUGCAUUUACCACGACGGCAGUUACGAACUUCGUGGGUGCCAACGGGUUGCCCACGUCUGGUACUGCGGUCGUUGUUUAUAGCCCGGCAGUCCAAACGUCUGGCAGCGCGGUCUUGCCCACUAUCACCACCAACUACCCUGGCUCGACUCCGUACACUACUACGGCAGUUACGAGCCUCGGAAGUGCGAAUGGUUUGCCCUCAUCUGGGCCUGCGGUCAUCGUUGUCAACCCUAUCACCGCACUCGCGCCUGGUGGUGGCGCAUUAUUGCCCACAGUCACCACCGACUACCCCGGCUCAGUCGCGUAUACAACUACCGCUGUGACCAACUUCAUUGGUUCAAAUGGCCUUCCCUCAUCUGGAUCCGCUGUGAUCAUUGUUACCCCUCGUACAGCUUUGGCUCUGCCUACGAUUACGACUGAUUACCUCGGCUUGGUCCCUUACACCACUACAGCUGUGACCAAUUUUGUCGGUUCAAACGGCCUUCCCACGUCGGGCACCGCUGUGAUCAUUGCCACUCCUCGUACCGCCUUGGCUCUGCCUACAAUCGUCACCGACUACACCGGCUCAGUUCCUUUUACAACUACGGCUGUGACCACCUUCGUCGGCGCAAACGGCGUUCCCACGUCGGGUACCGUUGUACUCAUUGGCCGCCCUCGCACCCUUAUGGUAAUACCCACAAUCAUGGCGACUUGGUCCGGCUCCGUUCCGUUCACGACCACGGUGGUCACGAACUUUAUUGGUAGCAACGGCGUCCCGACCUCCGGGUCCGCGGCGGUUGUAUUUAACCCUGCCACUCCGAUCCCUGGUGCUGCGAGCUUGCCGACGAUCACCACGACUUAUUCAGGAGCUUCGGGCGCUGUACAAUAUACGACGACAGCGUUGACCCAAUUCGUGGGCAACAAUGGUCUUCCGACUACCGGUUCUGCUGUGAUUGUGCUUAACCCUGCCACUUCGGUUCCUGGUGCUGUAGGCUUACCCACGAUCACUACGACCUAUCUAGGAUCUGUGCCGUACACAACAACGGCUGCGACCCAGUUCACUGACAGGAAUGGCCUUCCCACCACGGGAACUGCCGUGGUUGUGUUCAACCCUGCCACAUUAGCACCUAGUGCUACAGGCUUGCCGACAAUUACGACCAACUAUGCAGGAUCUGUGCCGUACACGACGACAGCUGUGACUCAAUUCAUCGGUAGCAACGGGCUCCCAACCACCGGCACCGCCGCAAUUGUGUUCAACCCUGCCACUCCAACCGCCGGUGUCACGAGCUUACCGACGAUCACGACCAGCUAUGCAGGGUCUGUGCCAUAUACGACGACGGCUGUCACCCAGUUCACAGGUAGCAACGGCCUCCUCACCGCCGGUUCCGCGGUUGUCGUGUUCAACCCCAUCAUAGGUGCUGCAAGUCUGCCUACCAUCACGACUACCUACGCAGGAUCUAUUCCAUAUACGACGACGGCCGUCACCCAGUUUACAGGCGGCAACGGACUCCCCACGACCGGUUCCGCGGUUGUCGUGUUCAACCCCAUCACAGGUGCUGUAAGUCUGCCAACCAUCACAACUACUUACGCAGGAUAUGUGCUAUAUACAACAACUGCUGUGACCCAGUUCGUCGGCAGUGGCGGUAUUCCGUACUCUGGUUCCGCAGUAGUCGUUUUCAACCCCCUCACGGGUGCUACAGCUCUACCAACUAUCACCACGACUUAUGCAGGGUCCACGGCGUACACAGCUACGGCCGUGACCCAAUUCGUCGCCGGUGAUGGCACGUCGUUUUCGGGCAGUGCAGUCAUAGUGUUUAACCCGGGCACAAGAGGUGGUGUAAUCAUCCCGUCCCGCCUGCCUUCCGCCCUGGCUCCUGUAGUCUCGCAGGCCCUUUCAACUAUCACAACAUCUUCGGGGAGUGCUCUUUACACCACCACCGGCCUUUUUACUUCGACCGACGCGUCAGGAAACGUAGUGGGUGCACCGUCCAGCGCUGUCAUUGUUGUUGUUCCCACUUCAGCUGCCGUGCCAGGGGCUCUAUCGACCAUCACCACAACGUCGGGCAAUGUUGCCUACACCACCACUGCUGUCUUUACGCCCACCAACGCUGCAGGAUCUCCGGCCGGGGUUCCAUCCACCGCGGUCGUUAUUGUCGUUCCCAGUUCAGCAGCUGCGCCAGGAGUACUUCCCACCGUUACCACGACUUCGGGCAAUGUUGCUUACACCACGACUGGACUCUUUACACCCACGAACGCCGCAGGAUCCCCAGCAGGCGCUCCAUCCACCGCCGUCAUCGUUGUCGUACCCAGUUCAGCAGCUGCGCCCGGAGCGCUUCCCACUAUUACCACGACUUCGGGCAACGUUGCAUACACCGCUACUGGACUGUUUACACGCACUGACGCGUUUGGCAACCCAGGUGUGCCGAUUAGCGGGGUUAUCGUUGUCGUUCCGACUGCGAACAGCCUUCCGACAAUCACGAUGACUUCAGGCAGCGUUGCAUAUACUACGGCUGGUCUCUUUACGCCCACUAACGCGUUGGGAAGCCCUGGUGCGCCGACUAGUGGGGUCAUAAUUGUCGUUCCCACGUCUGCCGGUGCACCGAGUUCAGCCCCCAUGAACAUUCUUCCAACGAUCACCACUACCUCGGGCAGCGUGCCCUACACCACAACGGGGCUAGUUACUCUAACUGACGCGCAAGGCAACCCGGGGAUGCAAACUAGCGCGGUCAUUGUUGUUGUACCCACUUCCGCAGGCGCACCGAGCUCAGCCCCCGUGAGCAACCUGCCAACGAUUACCUCGACCUUUGGCAGCAUCAGCUCCACAGCCACUGGCCCCGUAUUCGCCACGAACUCAGUUGGCUCCGCCACAGGCUUGCCGUUUACCGCGGUCAUUGUCUACGUGCCGACUGCGCCCGCGAGCCUUCCAACUGUCACUGCUACAAGCGGCAGCGUUCUCUACACUACAACCUCUGCUGUGACCGUUCCAGGCCUCUUCCCCAGUCCCUUUUCUGUACUCACACAAGUUGUUGUGGUUGUUCCGACAUCUGGCCCGGCUAGUCUGCCAACCGUUACCUCUACGAGCGGCAGUGUGCUCUUCACCACGACAACGGCUGUCACUAUCCCGCCCGCCGUUCCCGGCGCUCCUUCUGCUGUACUCUCACAAGUUGUUGUGGUUGUUCCGACAUCCGGUCUGGCAAGUCUGCCAACCGUGACCUCCACGAGUGGCAGCGUGCUUUUUACUACAACGGUUGGCGCAACUCUCCCAGCGUCCAUUCCUGGAAGCCCUCCGUCGGUGUACUCGCAAGUUGUCGUUUUCCAACCGACGUCUGGCCUUGCUAGAAGCUCUGUGGGUCCAAACGGAAUUCCUACGCCUUAUACACAAGCUGUUGUAUUCGUCCCGACCUCCGGGCCUGUCAGCCUACCAACCAUCACUUCUACAAGUGGCAGCGUUCCCUUCACUACAACGACCAUCGCUGGCAAUGUGGGUCCUAAUGGGGUUCCUGUAUCUUUCACCCAAGUGGUCGUGUUCCAACCGACGUCCGGCCCUGCAAGCUUGCCAACGGUUACCUCCACCAGUGGCAGCGUUCCCUUCACUACAACGGCGAUCACUAGCACUGUGGGUCCUAAUGGGGUUCCUGUACCAUUCACUCAAGUGGUCGUGUUCCAACCGACGUCUGGCCCUGCAAGCUUGCCAACCAUCACUUCUACAAGUGGCAGCGUUCCCUUCACUACAACUACCCUUGGAAGCUCUUUGGGCCCUAACGGGAUUCCUGUACCUUUCACUCAAGUGGUCGUGUUCCAACCGACGUCUGGUACUGCAAGCUUGCCAACGGUCACCUCCACCAGUGGUAGCAUUCCCUUCACCACAACUGCCCUUGGAAGCUCUUUGGGCCCUAACGGGAUUCCUACGCCAUUCACCCUAAUUGUUGUCGUCCAGCCGACUCCCGCUGCACUGCCGACGAUCACGUCUACGAGCGGUAGUGUCCUCUUCACUACAACGGUCCUCGGGAGCACUGUCGGCCCUAACGGGAUCCCCACGCCUUUCAACCAGGUUGUCGUUGUUCAGCCGACGCCCGCUGCCCUGCCGACGAUCACGUCUACGAGCGGCAGUGUUCCCUUCACCACAACUGCCCUUGGAAGCUCUUUGGGCCCUAACGGAAUUCCUACGCCAUUCACCCAGAUUGUUGUCGUCCAGCCGACUCCCGCUGCACCGAGCUCUCCUGCUAGUCUGCCGACGACGACUUCGACGAGUGGUAGCGUUCUUUUCACGACUACGGCCCUUGCAAGUUACACGGGUCCAAAUGGCGCUGUAACCCCUUAUACUCAAGUUGUUGUCUUCCAGCCGACCUCGGCCGUACCAAGCUUGCCUACGGCCAGCAUCCCAACCAUCACUUCCACGAGCGGUAGCGUUGCUUUUACUACAACGGCCGUUGGAAGCAUUUUGGGCCUUAACGGGUUCCCUACUCCCUUCACUCAGGUCGUCGUUUUCCAGCCGGCGUCUGGUCUUCCAAGCCCUCCUGCGGUCAGCAUCCCCACCAUUACCUCUACGAGCGGCAGCGUACCAUUCACGAGCACCGUUGUUGGCACAGUUUCGCUUCCUGGCGGCGCUCUUGGAAUACCAUUCACUCAAAUCGUAGUUUUCCAGCCGACCUCUGGUAUGCCCGCUAGCAUCCCUACUGUUACUUCUACCAGCGGCAGCGUGCCAUUUACGACCACCAUUGUCGGCACCACUAGACUCCCCGGCCUUCCCGGUGCUCCGUUCACUCAGGUUGUGGUAUUCCAGCCGACCUCUGGUAUGCCCGCUAGCAUCCCUACUGUUACUACUACAAGCGGCAGCGUGCCAUUUACGACCACUAUUAUCGGCACCACUGGACUCCCCGGCCUUCCCGGUGCUCUGUUUACUCAGGUUGUGGUAUUCCAGCCAACGUCCGGCGCGGGUGCGUCCUCUGGCCCGGCUCCGGCCAGUGUCCCAACGUUUACAUACACCAGCGGCAAUACGCCUUUCACCAGGACGGUUUCUACGUCUAUCGGUGGAACAGUCACCGCCGCAGUCGAAGUCUACGUUCCGGGCCUGGUCAUUCCGUCCCGCCUACCUUCCAACCUCGCAGGGCCACUGCCUGCUAGCCUUUCUACCGUUACCUUGACUUCCGGGAGCGUUCCUUACACAACAACGACCCUUGUACCUGCCUCUCAGACUGCGCCUGGAUUGACCCAAAGUGCAUACAGCCAAGUUGUGGUAUUCGUGCCUACUUCUGCGCCUGCGUCUGGACCCCUCCCAACAAUCACUCAGCCAGGCACAGGAUCUGUCCCUGUCACGGCCACGACUCUUUUCCAGCCCUCUGGAGCACCUGGCUCCCCGCCGCCCUCGCCUUACAGUGCGGUCGUCGUUUACCAGCCAGCUACUGCUUCGCCUUCCAGCAGCCUUCCAACUGUUACUUUACCAGGCACGGCAUCUGUCCCUGUGACCGCCACGACUGUCAUCCAGCCCUCUGGAUUCCCUCCGCCUCCACCUUACAGCGCAAUCGUGGUGUACCAACCAACCACUUCGCCUGCCAGCCUCCCGACUGUAACAUUGCCGGUUUCUGGGUCUGUUCCGAUCACUUCCACCGGUCUGUUUACGCCUCCUGCUGCUUCAGGUGCACCUGCGCCUUCGCCUUACAGUGCGGUCGUGGUUUACCAGCCCAUCACUGUCCCGUCCUCCGGCCUUCCGACGGUCACAUUGCCAGGCUCUGCAUCCGUGCCCAUCACCUCAACUGGUCUGAUCACGCCGUCUGGCGCUCCUGGCGGACCUCAGCCGUCCCCGUACAGCGCAGUCGUUAUCUACCAGCCGGGCACUUCACCUGCCAGCCUUCCAACGGUAACUCUGCCAGGCACUGCGUCAAUUGCAACCACAUCUACUGGACUGUUUACUCCCACUGCCGCCCCCGGCUCUCCUGCGUCACCACCGUACAGUGCAAUCGUGGUCUUCCAACCGGUCUCUUCACUUCCAAUUGUGACUUUGCCCGGCACUGCAUCGAUCCCGAUCACGUCAACUGGGCUGUUCACGCCCACUGCCACUGCUCCCGGUGCUCCUGUACCGCCUCCGUACAGUGCGGUCGUGGUUUUCCAACCGGUCUCUUCGCUUCCAAUUGUGACUUUGCCCGGCACUGCAUCGAUCCCGAUCACGUCAACUGGGCUGUUCACGCCCACUGCCACUGCCCCCGGUGCUCCUGUACCGCCUCCGUACAGUGCAAUCGUGGUCUUCCAGCCGGCCUCUACCUCACCUGCCAGUCUUCCAACCGUGAUUUUGCCAGGAACUGCGUCCAUUCCGAUCACCUCAACCGGACAGUUUACGCCCACAGCCACCGCUCCGGGCGCUUCUGUGCCGCCUCCGUACAGUGCAAUUGUGAUCUUCCAGCCGGCCAGUGCAUCUUCUUUCGGUCCUGUCACCACUAUCGUCACGUCAGGCAGCCUUCCAGUUUUCACGACGACUGUAGCCACAUCGAACCCAAGCAUCAACAACGGCCUGCCAUAUACUCAGGUGGUUGUCCAGGUUCCUACGCCGUUUGCCCCAAUCACCACGACUAUCACGUCAGGCAACCUUCCCGCGUUCACGACGACGGUGGUGACGUCAAACCCUGGUAUCAACAAUGGCCUGCCAUUCACGCAGGUGGUUGUUCAGGUGCCCACGCCGGUUGGCCCUGUCACGACGACGCAGACAUCUGGAAACGUGGCAUUCACGACUACCUUCGUUACGACGAACCCAUCUUCCAAUGGCGGACUUCCGUACACUGAGGUUUUGAUUAACGUACCCACGCCGCUUGGCCCUCUCACUACCACGCAAACAUCCGGAUACGUGCCUUUUACGACCACUCUGGUUUCCCAGGAUCCUGCUGUCAACGGCGGCCUUCCAUUCACAGAGGUUUUGGUCAACGUGCCCAUUCCAUUCGGACCUGUCACUUCUACGCAGACCUCGGGCCUUGCUCCAUUCACCACCACCUUCGUCACGCAGAACCCGUCGGUCAAUGGCGGUCUUUCAUACACGCAGGUUCUUGUAAACGUGCCUUCUCCCUUUGGACCAAUUACUUCGACGCAAACCUCUGGUUUGACUCCAUUUACUUCUACCUUCGUCACUCGGAAUCCAGCGGUGAAUGGGGGCCUGCCAUACACAGGGGUCUUAGUGAACGUUCCCGCGCCUUUUGGUCCAGUCACAAGCACUCAAACGUCUGGGACCUCAGCCUUUACAGCAACCGUCGUAACUUCGGAUCCAGCCAUCAAUGGCGGGCAGCUAUUCACCGAGGUUUUAGUCAAUGUUCCUACGCCGUUCAUCCUCACAACCACGCAGACCUCAGGCCUCGCGCCCUUUACCUCGACCUUUGUCACCCAGAACCCGGCCAUCAACGGUGGGCAACCAUACACGGAGGUUUUGGUCAAUAUUCCGACGCCGUACAUUGCCACAACCACGCAGACCUCAGGCCUCGCGCCGUUUACUUCGACCUUCGCCACCCAGAACCCGGCCGUCAACGGUGGGCAACCAUACACGGAGGUUUUGGUCAAUAUUCCGACGUCGUACACUGCCACAACCACACAGACUUCUGGCACCGUGCCAUUCACGACCUCUUUUGCUACUUCCAACCCCUCUGUAAAUGGCGGACAAGCCUAUAUCCAAGUUCUUGUCAACGUGCCUAUUCCCUUCGGAUUCACUGCUACACAAACGUCAGGCUCCGUGGGUUUCACUACGUCGUUCGUCACUUCCAACACUGCGGUCAAUGGAGGACUGCCGUUUACCGAAAUUCUCGUGAAUGUGCCAACACCCUUCGGUUUCACUUCGACGCAAACGUCUGGUGCGGUGGCAUUCACCACGUCUUUCGUCACUGCCAACCCUGCCAUCAACGGAGGACAGCCUUUUACUGAAGUCCUCGUAAACGUCCCAACCCCGUUCGGCCCAGUGACUACGACCCAAACAUCCGGUUUCGUGCCGUUCACCUCGACGGCUGUAACGUCCGAUCCCGCAGGCUUACUCAACGGUGGUCGACCCUACACUCGGGUGGUUGUCAACAUUCCCACGCCGUUCGGUCCAACUACGACAACACAGACAUCGGGUCCGCAAGCGUUUACGUCGACAAUCGUUACGUCUGACCCCGCAAGCUCGAUCAAUGGCGGUAGACCCUACACCCAAGUUGUGGUUAACGUUCCUACACCUGUCGGUCCAACUACAACCACACGAACGUCUGGUCCCUCGCCCUUCACGUCGACGCUUGUUACAUCUGAUCCUGCAGGCUUGGUCAAUGGUGGCCAACCCUACACUCAGAUCGUUGUCAACGUUCCCACGCCUUUCGGUUCGGUCACGACAACACAAACGUCCGGCUUCCUACCCUACACGUCGACGAUUGUUACGUCAGAUCCUGCAGGAAUCAUCAACGGCGGGCGGCCUUACACGGAGGUAUUGGUGAAUGUCCCAACUCCGUUCGGCACAAUCACCACCACGCAGACUUCAGGCUUCGCGCUCUUCACGUCCACAGUUGUCACUCGGGAUCCUGCUGGCAGUGUCAACGGAGGCCAGCCUUACACGGCAGUUCUCGUCAAUGUGCCUGUUCCGUUUGGCCCAACCACCGUUACACAGACUUCUGGUUCUUCGGCGUUUACCACAGCCGUUGUCACCCGUGAUCCGCUCGGCAGCAUCAAUGGAGGUCAGCCCUACACUGCGGUCGUCAUCAACGUGCCCACUCCGUUUGGCCCCACCACAGUCACACAGACUUCUGGAAUCUCGGCGUUCACUACAACCGUCGUCACCUCCGACCCUGCCGGCCUUGUUAAUGGCGGGCGGCCGUACACCGAGGUCCUAGUUAAUUUGCCAACUCCAUUUGGCCCGACAACCGUCACACAAACGUCUGGGCUGUCGGCAUUCACGACUAGAGUUGUUACCUCGGAUCCAUUCGGCAUCGUCAACGGUGGCCAGCCAUAUACCCAAGUUCUCGUUAACGUGCCUACUCCGUUCGGCCCCACCACUGUGACGCAGACUUCUGGAGUCUCGGCGUUUACAACAACCUUGGUCACCUCGGACCCUGCUGGUGUCGUUAACGGCGGUCAGCCUUAUACCGAGGUUCUUGUGAACGUGCCAACGCCGUUCGGACCUGUCACUACGCUUCAAACCUCGGGCAGUAUCGCUUUCACAUCUACGACGCUGACGUCGGACCCUGCAAUCAACGGGGGUCAGCCGUUCAGCGAGGUCAUCAUCAACGUCCCCGGCCCGACACAGUUUGGUCCUGUCACGACUACAAUCACGGCAGGCUCCACAAGCUAUGUUACCACGGGCCUAGCAUCCGACCCGAACCUCAACAACGGCGUUCCAUUCACGCAAGUCAUCGUCUACGUCCCUACUCGCGGCGCACUCAUCACAGGAGGAGGCAUGACCAGGCUUGCCCCUAUUCAGACUCAGGUCGUCACUACUACGCAGUACUCUGGCUCUGUGGCGUUCACGACAACCAUUGCAACUUCCGUUGCAGGAACUCCGAUUGAACAAGUCCUCGUCAACCUUCCCAGCACUGCACCGGCUGGUCAGGUCUUCACAGUCACACAGACGGCCGGGUCUUUGGCCUUCACAACAACGGUUCCAACGAUUGUCAACGGCAGCCCGGCUACUGCAGUCGUGAUCAACCUUCCCACCACUGCGCCGGCUGGUCAGGUCUUCACAAUUACACAGACGGCUGGGUCUUCGGCGUUUACAACAACGGUGCCGACGGUGGUCAACGGCAGCCCGGCUACUGCAGUCGUUGUCAACAUUCCCACCCUUGGCGCUAGCCGUGUCUAUACAACUACACGGACUUCUGGAUCCUCUGCAUUCACUACAAGCCGAACUACGACUUGGACCGAUGGCAACACGGUCACGCAAGUUUUGGUGAACGUGCCGACACAAGCGAUCAUCAACGGAAACCCGCCCACCGCACUCGCUGGCAACGUUCCCACAUCCGCCGGCCAAAUACUUACCAUUACACAGACGUCCGGGCCAUCGGCAUACACGUCGACGGUACCGACGGUAAUCAACGGCAGCCCGGCUACUGCAGUCGUUGUCAACAUUCCCACCCUUGGCGCUAACCGUGUCUAUACAAGCACACGGACUUCUGGAUCCUCUGCAUUCACUACAAGCCGAACUACGACUUGGACCGACGGCAACACGGUCACACAAGUUUUGGUGAACGUGCCGACGCAAGCGUUCUCGACGUUUACGCAGACUUCGGGUGACGCAGCCUACACGACCAUCCUCUACACCGACCCUCCUGGCAGUGCAGGGCUAGGCACUUUCGUGGUAGUCAACGUGCCAACGCGGACGUACACUACGUAUGUUCAGACUGGCGGAGCGGUUGCGUAUACCAGCACGCUUUACACGAAUCCUCCGGGCAGCUUGGACGCCGGCACUUAUGUUGUCGUGAACGUGCCAACGCAUGCCUCGUACCCGGGAUAUACCCAGACCUCCGGGGGUGUUGGCUACACCAGCACCCUCUACACGGAUCCCCCUGGUAAUGCAGGGCCGGGUACUUACGUGGUGGUCAACGUGCCCACUCUCCGCGCAUCAUCCAGCAGAUCGGCUGGCGCUUGCUUGCCCACGGCCGCCGACCCCAGCACGCCGAACUGUUUCGAUUCACUUCCGGACGAAUGUACACCCUCGUCUUCGACCAGCAUCUUCUCCAACAUUAUCGGACUCAUCGACCACAGUGCGUGCCAGACUGCUCUCGGAAGCUUUGGUGCCGUGGACGCUGCCGCGUGCUUCGUCUCGAAUGCAGUGUCGUCGGUUUUGGGCAACAACAACGAUUUCGUAUCGUGUUUGUACAACCACUUGCCGACGUGCGACAACUGCUCUCCUCAGUUCCCGCCGGCUUGCUCGGCUCUCCAAGGCAUUUCAGGUAGCAGCCUGGCGGGAAGCGCUGCGCUGGCAGCGUGCAAGGCGGCAGUCGGUGUGUCGAACACUGGAACCUCGGUCUCAUGCUUCGUGUCGGAUCUGCUCACCAAAGGCGGUGACUCGGUCCAUGAUUGUUUGCAAAACGAGGUGGCCGUCUGCGACACGGCGGGUGAAACGCCAACAGCCAUUGUCACGGCGACGUCGACGACGGUUUGCGGGACUGCGACGGCGACGACUUGCGUCACGGCUCUGCCGAGUGCUUGCAACUUCGGCACGUCGACGGACCUCAUCAGCAGUGUCAUCUCUGCGGCAGACAUAGCCUUGUGCAAGAGUUCUUUGGGGGUUCUUGGAUCCACAGUUGCACCGACUUGCUUCUUGAGCAACCUGUUGAGCUCCUUCUCCGCCCAGGAUUUCCGGGCCUGCCUUUGGGGCAACCUUGGAACUUGCCGUGGCUGCUCGAACUCGCUGCCCGCCGCCUGCACUAGUCUCAGCGGGUCCGGCAUUCCCGACGUCCUCUCACUGGCAGCCUGUCAGGCAGCGCUUGGCACGAACGGGCUGUUGAGCUCCGUGAGCUGUUUCGCGAACAACUUGUUGAGCGGCAACAGUCUCUUGUCAUGUAUCCAAGGCAGCGGUCUCGUCUGCUCUGGAACUUCGGGUCUGAACACGCGCUACCAAACAAGCGGUGCGUCUGCAUACACAAGCACCGUCACCUCCUUCACCACCAUCCCUGGCUUUCUCGGCAUUGGAGGGACCACGUCGGCCGUGUCGACCUACGUCCUCGUCAACCGACCUACUGGCAGUCUUAUUUCUAACCCCUUCUCCGACCUUGCCCUCCCCGUCUCUGACCUUGCCGCCAAUCGUCCGCGGUACACGCAAACGUCGGGUGCCGUCGGAUAUACGACCACAUUGUACACGGAUCCUCCUGGCACUCUCGGUGCUGGCACCUAUGUCGUGGUCAACGUCCCAUCCGUCACCUACGCCACCGUCUCUGUGACUUCGGGCUCCUCGGCUUUCACAACCACCAUCUACACGGAUCCUCCAGGCGCCGGCCAGGGUCCGGGCACUUACGUCGUCGUGCACGUGCCGACCCAAGCAUACUCGACCUUGACACAAACUUCGGGUAACACCGCCUACACCAGCACCCUCUACACCGACCCCCCCGGCAACGCGGGGCCCGGCACUUAUGUCGUCGUCAACGUUCCGGCCUACCCGACAAUCACGAACUAUGGUGGCUCAGUUGCCUACACCUCGACUCUGUACACGGAUCCGUCGGGCACGCUUCCCCCGGCCACCUACGUCGUCGUGAACCUCCCAGGCUAUCCCACCAUCACUGUCACGAGCGGCAACGUUGCACGCACCACGACGAUUGCAACCGAUCCGGCCGGCACUCUGCCCAGCGGAACCUACGCUGUCGUUGUGGUUCCCUCGGCGGCGCUGACCAUUACGAGAACAUCGGGCAGUGUGUCCCUCACAACAGUGCAACCCACCACUGUCGGUGGCACAAGCAGCAACGUGGCAGUCGUUGUCAAGCCUACCAAUGCUCCCUUCAAAAUCUCCGUGACGGAUUUCAGCAGCAACUUCUACGGCUACCUGAACUUGCAAAGCUCUGUCUACAGUGGGACGACUUCGGCCCACGGUUGCGGUCUCACACAGUCCUACCCGGACGCCUCGCUCUUCUACAUUGAACCCUCCACCCAGAAGCUCACUUGCCAGAGCGGCGCUGGCUCGUCUAUCCCGCUCGGCUCCUGCCAACGCUCAGGGUCUUCGGACGCGCCCUUCCUCUUCGAUACUUCGACCGCCACCGGCAACGUCGACAUCGACACAACCUUCUGGGAUGAUCAGACCCUGCACGUCACCAACACUGACAACGGCCAAUACCUGGCAGCCCUCUGUUCCAACGUCCUUUACCUUGUGGGCAGCAUUCCGUCAGGCUGUCACCAAGUCGUGCUCACGCCGUGCUACAACUCGGUCAGCUUCACAACCCGCACGGUCACGAGCGGCACCGGCGUGAUAACGACACGUACCUACGCACCCGCCGGAACAUCCAUCACCGGCACCGGCACCGUCGACGUCGUGGUCCCAGCCUCGUGCUCGGCGUCGCCAGGCCUGCAGUUUGUCAACCGGCCGAACCCGGCUUCGGGCGGCUCAACCACCACUGAUCCAUACUAUUCCAGCUUCAACCCGGACGUGUACAACAAUCCGCAAGCCUCGCCGUACAGCGUCAUCAACUUCUCGGGCUACACGGACGAGAUCAACAUUGGUAUCGAUACCUCCCAGUCCUCAAAUGCGAACAUAUAUGGCUUCACAAACAAGAACAUCGCGCACACGGCCUUCAUCUACCGAGGCUACUUCCUGCCCAACACGACUGGCUCGUACACUUUCACCGUGGCGAAUCCAGACGACGUCGGCUAUCUAUGGGUGGGCCAGCAUGCCGUAACGGCAUGGACCGCGGCCAACGCCGACGCCAGGGCGGGCCUAAAUUCUUCACCAGGCAGCUACACCGUAUCCUUGACCGCGGGCACCUACGUGCCGUUCCGCAUGAUCUUUGCCGACGGCACCGGCGCUCUCAGCUGGCAGCUGAAGACGACGGAGCCCGAUGGACGCGUGUAUACAGACACGUGGGGCAUGUUCCGCCCGCCGUCGUGCGGUCCCGACACUUGGGCGUCGACGUCAUCAUAA